AAAUCAUAGAAAAUCGGCGCCAACAACAGAGACGUUCCGUUCGCUUGAUUGCACUAUCUAUAUAAUUGCAGCUUUCCCUGCCAAAAACAAGAGGCCGAGCUCUCACCAGUCACAAUCCUGGAAUCCAUCCUCUCCCUCUCGCAUCCUGUCCAAGAACCCCGGCGGCAGCAGCCAUGGCCGCGCGCGGCGGCGGCCUGCAGGGCCCUCUCCUCGGCAUCGGCGAGGACUCGCCGGCAGCCCCACAGGGACGCCGGAGCAGCCGGCCGUGGACCGCACUGGCCAUUGCCGCGGCGCUCCUCGCCCUGGCCGGCGUCGUGCUGUUCCUGAGCUCCGCGGGUAGGGGCGUCGGCGCUGCCUGGGACGAACAGAGGAGGAUCUCCGGGUCCGGCGGCGUGCGGCCGAGCCCGCACGAGGUGGAGUCCGCCGAGGGCGCGGCGGCGGCGGACGACGCGCGGUGCUCGGGGGUGGGCGCCGCGGCGCUGCGCGCGGGCGGGCACGCGGUGGACGCGGCCGUGGCGGCCGCGCUCUGCCUCGGGGUGGUGCACCCGAUGUCGAGCGGCGUCGGUGGCGGCGCGUUCAUCGUCGUCAGGGAUGCGGCCUCCGGCGAGGCCGUCGCCUUCGACGCCCAGGAGACCGCGCCAGCCGCGGCCACGCCGGACAUGUACGCGCGCGACCCGCCAUCCAAGUGCAAGGGCGCGCUCGCCAUGGGCGUCCCCGGCGAGCUCGCGGGCCUCCACACAGCGUGGUCGCGGUACGGCCGGCUCCCGUGGCGUGACCACUUCGCGCCGGCGAUCCGCCUCGCUCGUCACGGCUACGAGGUCGUGCCGUACGUCGCCCGCGCGCUCAAGAAGACCGAGCGGGAGGUGCUCGCCGACCCGGGCCUGCGCGCCGUGUUCGCUCCGGAGGGGCGGGUGCUGGCGGCCGGUGAGACGUGCCGCAACCCGGCGCUUGCAGACGCGCUGGAGCGCGUGGCCGAGGAGGGCGUGGCGGCGUUCUACGGCGGCCCCGUCGGCGAGAGCUUCGUCCGCGACGUCAGGGCCGCGGGAGGGAUCGUGACGGUGGACGACCUGAGGGGGUACAAGGUGGAGGUGAGCGCGGCCAUGCGCGCCGACGCCAUGGGGUACAGCUUCCUCGGCAUGCCGCCGCCGUCGAGCGGCACCGUGGGGAUGGCUCUGAUUCUGAACACCUUGGGAGGGUACAAGUCGCUCGAGUUCUUGAAGGGGUUUCUUGGCGUCCACCGGCUGAUCGAAGCGAUCAAGCACAUGCUGGCCAUCCGGAUGGACCUCGGCGACCCUGACUACGUCAACGUGUCCGGCAACGUCGCCGAGAUGCUGUCGCCGCCGUUUGCUGACAAAAUCCGGCAAAGAAUCGUCGACAACACGACGUUCCCUCCCGGUUACUACUUCCCAAAAUGGAGCCAGCUGAGAGACCACGGCACCAGCCACCUCUGCGUGGUGGACGGCGACCGGAACUCGGUGGCGAUGACGACGACCGUGAACUCCUACUUCGGCGCGCACGUGCUCUCGCCGUCGACGGGCAUCGUGGUGAACAACGAGAUGGACGAUUUCUCCGUGCCGGCGGCGCGCACGCCCGACCACCUCCCGCCCGCGCCGGCGAACUUCAUAGCGCCGGGCAAACGGCCCCUGUCCUCCAUGACGCCGCUGAUCAUACUCAAGAACGGUCAGCUCGCCGGCGUCGUCGGCGGAAGCGGGGGUACGGACAUCAUCGCCACGGUCACCCAGGUUUUCCUGAACCACUUCAUCGUCGGCUUGGACCCUCUGGCCGCUGUCCAGCACCCUAGGGUCUAUCACAGGCUGGUGCCGAACGUCGUGAAGUACGAGAACUACACGGUUGUUGACGGCGAGGUCAUCGCGCUGAGCGGCGAGGCGAGGGAGUUCAUGGAGCAGAGAGGGCACCGGCUGGAGAGCACGGACUCGGGAGCCGUGUGCCAGUUCAUCGUGCACGACCUGCCGGAGCCGGCCGCCUCGGGCGGCGGGAGAAGCGUCUUCCGCGGGAAGCUCACCGCCGUCAGCGACCCGAGGAAAGGCGGCAGCCCUGCAGGGUUGUGAGACGACCUGUGACCGCCGGCGAUCGAGCUGUUGCUUCGAUCCAUCUCCUCCAUGUACAUAAUCAUGAUUCACGCAUUGAUCCAUUCACACAGUAGAAAAAGAGGACAGAGAAUCCUCUCUUGGUUCAUAGCCCCAGAUGGGAAUCGAACUGCUUUUGUUAAGAAGACUUCUUUGUUUCUGUGAUUGGAAUGCUCUUACUGGGGAGCUAGUGUAAAUCGUUUGAACUUUGAUCCACCUUGCUCAAAUUUUUCUUC